AUGGCCUGGUCUGAAUGUCCCUCUUAUGAGAAAUGGAGCUGUGCAGACCAUUGCCCAAAGAAGCAAGGAAGAGCAGGAGAAGGUAGAGGCGGAUAUGGUCCGGCAGAGAGAAGAGUGGGACUGGAAGAGGAAGAUGAAAAAACAUAUGAUGAUUUCGAUACCAGGAUACUUGAGGUGAGGAAUGUUUUCAAUAUGACAGCAAAAGAGGGAAGAAAGAGAUCAUGCCGUGUCCUGGUCGCUGUGGGGAAUGGCAAAGGAGCUGCAGGUUUUGCCAUUGGGAAAGCCACUGAACGGGCAGAUGCUUUCAGAAAAGCAAAGAACAAGGCAGUUCACUACUUGCAUUACAUAGAACGAUAUGAAGACCAUACAAUAUACCAUGAUAUUUCUUUAACAUUUAAAAGGACGCAUAUCAAGAUGAAGAAACAACCCAGAGGCUAUGGCCUCCGCUGCCACCGGGCCAUCAUCACCAUCUGCCGGCUCAUUGGCAUCAAAGACAUGUAUGCCAAGGUCUCUGGCUCCAUCAACAUGCUCAACCUGACCCGGGGCCUCUUCCAUGGGCUCUCCCGCCAGGAAACCCAUCAACAGCUGGCUGAUAAGAAGUGUCUCCAUGUUGUGGAAUUCCGGGAGGAAUGUGGCCCUCUGCCCAUCGUGGUUGCCUCCCCCAAGGGGGCCUUGAGAAAGGAUCCGGAGCCGGAAGAUGAGGUUCCAGACAUCAAACUGGACUGGGAAGAAGUGAAGGCCGCACAGGGUAUGAAGCGCUCUGUGUGGUCAAAUUUAAAGAGAGCCGCCACCUAGGCCUCCCUCUGGCCUGGCUCAGCCUGGCAUCUCUUGCUUCGGGCACCUGGGAAAGACUCAACCCCUCACCCUUUGGAUUGUCACUUUUUUUUUUUUUUAAAGGAAAGGCCAACCUUACAUUUCUUUAUUUACAAAUAACAAAUAAUUAUAGAUUUAAUUUAUUGAGCACGUCCUAUAUACCAAUUACUGUGAUAGGAACUUUACAUACAUAUCUUAGUUAAAAACUACUUUAAAUAUUCAUUUAAACUAGCAAAUUAGGGAGGCAGGGUUUCUAGUCUGACCUAAUAAGAAAUAAUAUGCAGUCAAGCUCUAGUUACUUGACUGUAGUCACACAGCUAGAAAGUAGAGGAAAAUGGGCAAACUUUGUUCUUUUUGACUCUAGAAAUUCUCCUUUUUAGUAAACCUCUUUGUAUCGAUGUUUUAGUGGUUGCUCUAGGUAUUAUGUUAUACCUAUAUCACUUAUCACCAGUCUACUGGUGUUGACUUUUUACCAGUUUGAGUGAAGUAUAGGAAUCUUACUUCCCUUUAAACCCCUUUACCCUCACCUGUUUCUAUAAUUGUUUUAAAAUUUCCUCUGCCUAUACUGAGAACCACAUUAGACAACAUUAUAGUUUUGCUUCAACCAUGAAACUUAAUAUAAAAAACUAAAGAAGAAAAAAAACAGCCUAUUUUAUUUACCCAUGUUUUUGCUCUUUCAGUCGUUCGUUCUUCUUUCCUGAUAUUCCGAGAGUCCUUUUGUCAUUUUGAGUGGGGAAAAGCCAAGAUCCCCUCCUGUGUGUCUCCUUAACUCUCACAGUACUACCACACUCCCAGCACUUCUGACAGCAGAUGUGGGGGGUUUCCCCUCACCAAGCAGUCCUCUGCAAUACCAACUGCAUGUCCUACAGUUUAACUCAGUUCUGACACUGUCUACCUGGAGGUAACAUCAAAUUCCACUGGUUAAAGGCUCAGUCCCAUAAGACCGCCCCCACUCCACUUCACACCAAUUGCAAGUCUGGUUGUCACCUGUGCUUCUGACUCAUCAGCUGUAAAUCAGAGGUUCCCAUGACUCCCUCAUUGUGUUUGAUUAAUUUGCUAGAGUGGCUCACAGAACUUAGGAGUACAGUUUAUUUAUUGCCUACCAGUUUAUUAUAAAAGGAUAUGAUAAAGGAUACAGAUGAACUUCCAGAUGGAAGAGAGACAGAAUUUUAAAAUUUUCAUGAAGUCUAAUUUGUCUGUUUUUCUUUUGUUGCCUGUAUCUUUGGCGUUCUAUACAAGUAAUUAUUGCUAAAUCCAGUGUCGUGAAGCUUUUGUCCUAUGUUUUCUUCUAAGAGUUUUAUAGUUUUGGGUCUUACAUUUAGGCCUUUGAUUUCUUUUGAGUUUGUUUUUGUGUAUGGUGUUAGAGAUCAACUUCAUUCUUUUGCAUGUGGAUAUCCAGUUUUCCCAGCAACAUUUGUUGAAAACACUGUCCUUUCUCCAUUGAAUGGUCUUGGCACCUUUGUCAAAAAUCAUUCAACCAUAUAUACAAAGGUUUAUUUCUGGGCUCUCUGUUCUAUUCCAUUGGUUUACAUGUCUGUCUUUAUGCCGGUACCACACUGUUUUGGUGACUAUACCUUUGUUGGAUAUUUUGAAAUCAGAAAGUAUGAGUCUUUCUGUUUUGUUCUUUUUCAAGGUUGUUUUGGCUAGUCAGGUGUCCCUUGAAAUUCCAUAUGAAUUUUAGGAUGGGUAUUUCUGUUGCUGCAAAAAAUAUCUGUGGGAUAUUGAUAGGGAUUGCACUGAAUCUGUAGGUCACUUUGGGUAGCAUUGACAUCUUAACAAUAUUAAGUCUUCCAUUACAUGAACGUGGGUAUGUGUUCACUUAUUUACAUCUUCUUUAAUUUCUUUUAGCAAUGUUUUAUAGUUUUCAUUGUACUUUCACUUCCUUGGUUAAAUUAAUUCCUAAGUAUUUUAUUCUUUUUGAUGCCAUUUUAAAUGAAAUUGCUUUUGUAAUUUCCAUUUGAUAAGGGAUAUUGGUCUAUAGUUUUCUUGUAGUGUCUUUGGCUUUUCUAUCAGGGUACUGCUAGUCUCAUAGAAUGAGUUAGGAAGUAUUCCCCCUCUUCAAUUUUUUGGGGAAAGUUUGAGAAAGAUUAAUAUUAAUUCAGCUUUAUAUGUUUGAUAGAAUUCAACAGUGAAGCCACCAGGUCUAGGGGUUUUCUUUGUCAGGAGAUUUUUUUUUUUUUUUUUUUUUUUUUUUUUUGUGGUAUGCGGGCUUCUCACUUUCGCGGCCUCUCUCCCAUUGCGGAGCACAGGCUCCGGACGCACAGGCCCAGCGGCCAUGGCUCACGGGCCCAGCUGCUCCGCAGCAUGUGGGAUCCUCCCGGACCGGGGCACGAACCCAUGUCCCCUGCAUCGGCAGGCGGACUCUCAACCACUGCGCCACCAGGGAAGCCCUGUCAGGAGAUUUUUGAUUACCUACUUAAUCUCCUCAGUAGUUAUAGGUCUAUUCAUAUUUUCUAUUUCUUCAUGAUUUAGUUUUGGUAGGUUUUGUGUUUUUAUGAAUUUGUUCAUUUCAUCUAGCUUACCCAAUUUAUUGGUGUACAGUUGUCCAGUAUACUCUCUUAUAAUCCUUUUUAUUUCUAUAGAAUCAGUAUUAACAACCUUACUUUUAUUUCUAAUUUUUUAGUAAUUUGAGUCUUCUCUCUUUUUAUUCUUAGUCCAUCGAGCUAAAGGUUUGUCAAUUCUGUUGAUCUUUUCAAAGAACCAACUCUUGCUUUCAUUGAUGUUAUUCAGUUAUUUUUCUAUUCUCCAUUUUGUUUAUCUCUGCUCUAACCUUUAUUAUUUCCUUCUUUCUGCAAGUUUUGGGUUUAGUUUAUUCUAGUUCCUUAAUUUAUAAAUUAGGUUGUCAAUUUGAAAUCUUUCUUGGUCUUCAGUGUAAGCAUUUAUAGCUGUGAAAUUCACCCUUUGCACUGCUUUGUUGUGUCCCAUAAAUUUUGGUAUGUUGUAUUUUCUUUUUUAUCUAUCUCUAAGUAUUUCUAAUUCCCUUUGUGAUUACUUUUUUGAUUUAUUGAUUGUUUAAAGUGUGUUGUUUGAUAUCUACAAAUUUGUGCAUUUCCAAGUUUUCCUUUUGUUAUUGAUUUCUGACUUCUUGUUGUGGUUGGAUAAGUUACUUUUUAUAAUAGUUAUCUUUUAAAAUCUGUAUGACAGUUUCUGGCCUAACAUGAUGUAGCCAAAUUUUCUGAUGAGAUCUGCUGGUAGUUUUAAUGAGGAUCCCUUGUAUGUGAUGAUUUACUUCUUGCCUCUGAAGAUUGUCUCUUGGUGCUUGUCCUUUGAAAAUUUGAUUAUAAUGUGUCUUGGUGUGGAUCCCUUUGAGUUUAUCUUACUUGGAGUUUAUAUUUUAGAUGUUUAUAUUCAUGUCUUUCAUCAAAUUUGGGAAGUUUUCAGCCAUUACUUCUUCAAGUGUUGUAUUCUCCCCUUUUAUCUUUUUCCUGGGAGUCCCACAAUUUGCGUGUUGAUCUGUUUGAUACUGUCCCACAGGUCCCUUAGCGCUGUUCAUUUUUCUUCAAUCUUUUUCUUUCUGUUCCUCAGAUUGAUAAUUUCUGUUGUCCUGUCUUUAAGUUAAUUUGACUGUUUUGCCUGCUCAAACCUGCCUUUUAAUCCCUUUAAUAAAAAUUUCCAUUUCAGUUAUUAAAAUAUAGCUACAGAAUUUUUUUGUUUGCUUCGUUUUAGGUGUUCGAUAUCUUUAUUGGUGUUUCCAUUUUGUUCGUACAUUGGUUUUUUUGGUUUUGUCCCCAUCUUCCUUUAGUUCUUUGAGUGUCUUUAAGACAGUUGUUUUAAUGUCUUUGUCUAUUAGAUCUGCCAUUAGGUCUUUCUCAGGGACAGAUUCAAAAGUAGACAUUUUAAUCUAAUAAUGUGGUAACUCCAGAAAUCAGAUUCUCCUCCUUCCCCAGGGUUUGAUGUUUUUAAAUGUUUUAAAUUUAUGUAUGUAUGUAUUUAUAUUGUUGUAGGUUGCCUCUAUGUCAAGAAUAUGCCAAGAUGUAAACUUAAGGUCUUCUCAGGUCUUUUCUGAGUCUGUGCCUUUCCCUGGGUAUGAAUGGUCACUUUAUAAUGUUCCUUGUAUAUGCAGGUCCUUUUGAACCUCCUACUCUUUAAUGUGUGACCCCCAAAAGGUGAAAAAGAGAAAAAUGAAGAGAAGGGGAAAAGGGCAUUAUCCCUUUAAAUCCCCUUAGAGUCACUUCAGCUGGAGGUGGAGGGACUUCGAACAGUUGUGGGAGGUGCAGCAAAAUUAGCCACCAGCCUUUUUGUCUACACCUCUGUGAUCAGAGGCAGCAAUCAGUGAUCAGAGCAGAGAUCCCUGGUAUUUGGGGGACAGGGUCCUUUUUGCUCACCCUGGCUUCAGCAAGCUGUGUGCAGGCUGCUCCAAGGACACUUGCACAGCUGCCUGCCACGUGGCUUAAAGCAGGGGUGGGUAGCUGCUACUGUGCUGAGUGACGAAACUGACCAAAAUUAGCCACAAUUUACCACCCAUGCAUUUCCCUGAAAGUCAGAAACCUUCAAUAGACUCCACCAUUCCAAAACAGUUACAUCAGAUUCUGCCAGCACAGUUGUUAUUUAGAUGGGGAGACAGAUUCCAAGUGCCUCCUGCAACCAGAGGGUUCUGAGAACCCUUUCUUGUUGCCCUUGUUCUCUGUUUCUAUUGUUGUCUUCCACCCCUGUCUGCUUUGUGUGUGUGUGUUGUUGUAAUUGAGCAUUUUAUAUGAUUUCAUUUUCUCUCUCAGCAUGUCAUUAUACUUUUGUUUUUUAGUGGCUGCCCUAGAGUUUCCAAUAUAAACUUACAACUAAUCCAAGUCCACUUUCAAAUAACACUGUACCACUUCAUGGGUAGUGCAAGUACCUUAUAAUAAUAAAGUAUUUCUUAUUCCUCCCUCGCGUCCCUUAAUGUCAUUCUUUUCACUUAUACAUAAUUUAUAACCAAUGAUACACUGUGACUAUUUUUAUUUUGGACUAACUGUUAUAUGUUAGAUAACUAAGAAAACAUUUUUAUUUUUCCUUCACUUACUCCUUCUUUAAUGCUCUUCCUGUCUUUAGGCAGACCUGAGUUUCUGGCCUGUAUCAUUUCCCAUCUUUCUGAACAGCUUCUUUUAACAUUUCUUGAGAGGCACGUCUACUUGACAAAUUCCCUAAUUGUUGUUUGUCUGAGAAAGUCUUUAUUUCUCCCUUGCUUUUGAAAGAUAAUUUUACAGGAUACAAAAUUCAAGGUUGGUGAGAUUUUUUUCCCCUCAACACUUUAAACAUUUCAUUCCACUCGCUUCUUACUUGCAUGGUUUCUGAGGAGAAGAUGGAUGUAAUUCUUAUCUUUGCUUCUCUGGGUGAGAUAUUUUUUCCUUUGGCUUCUCUCAAGACUUUUCUUUACCUUUGAUUUUCUGCAAUUUCAGAGGGUACUUUUUUUUUUGGCUAUGUGGCUUGUGGGAUGUCAGUUCUGUAACCAGGGGUUGAACCCGGGCCACAGCAGUGAAAGCCCGGAAUCCUAAUCACUAGGCCAUCAAGGAACUCUCUGAUUUUCUGCAAUUUCAGACUUCCACAUAUAUGGUCAAUUGAUUUUUGACAGACUCCAAGGUAAUUCAAGGAGGAAAAGAAGUCUUUUCAACAUUUAGUGCCUGGAACCCUUGGAUAUUCAUAUGGAAAAGAAAAAGCUUGACCUUACUUUAGGCUACACACAAAAGUUAACUCAAAAUGGAUCAUAGACCUAAAUAUAAAAGUUAAGUCAAUAAAAUUUCUAGAAGAUAAUCUUGAAGACCUCAGGGUAGGCAAUAACUGAUCUUAGGAACACAAAAAUAUAAAUCAUAAAAAAGAUACAUUGGUAGACCCGUUUUCAUAAAAAAUAAAUGUCCUGCUUCUCAAAAGACACAAAAAGAAAACAAAAAGACAAGCCACAGAUUGGGAGCAAAUAUUCACAACACAUAUAACUGACAAAGGACUUGUAUCCAACUUGGGUCAUGCAUCCCUCUGACAAUAUGUACACUUGCUUCUCAUUAUUUGUUCUGUACUGUGAAUUUCCCAACUUGCUAAUACUCAUUUGUACCCCUGAAGUGGAUCCUUAUGGUACUUCUGGGUCAUUUGUGGACAUGUGCAGAGUACUUGGGAAUUUGAGUUGCCAGAUGUGCACAUUCUGGCUGAGGUUGAACAAGGUGAUGCUCUGCUUUCAUGUUUCAGCCCUCGUCCUGUAGCCAAGUAUCCUUUUCAGGGUCUGUUUAGCGCCAUGUGUUUUGCAUUUUUGUGCUUUUUGUUGGUGAUUUUACUUUUUAAAAUAGUGCUCAAGCACAGUUAGUGCUGACUAGUGUCCCUAAGCGCAAAAAGGCUGUAAUGUGCCUUAUGGGGAAAAUACCUGUGUUAGAUAAGCAUUCAGGGAUGAAUUAUAGUGCUGUUAGUCAUGAAUUCAGUGUUAAUGAAUCAACCAAAUACAUUAAAUAAGGUGUCUUUAAACAAACAGAUAAAACAAGGUGAUGUAUUUGCCAACUGGUGAAAAUGUAGUGACCAUAGGCUUAUAGAACCUAAUGCUGUAUUUAUCCUAGGAGCAGUAGUUCAGUAUUUACUAAGCCAGUGUUUGUGGUGACUUUAUAGAAGCUAGUUAUUGUGAAUAAUGAUAAUCAAAUGUAUAUCUGCUAUGUAUAUGUGAAGCAUUGCUCUGUUGCAUUCAAGAUUUCAGAGCUAUUUAUUUGAUGAUUGGAGGGAAAUUAUUUUUAACCCAAAUUGUAUACGCUGCUGAACUAUUAAUCAAGUGCAAA